AUGAGUGUUUCUGUAUCCUUGCGAUCGGCCCUGAGACCCUGCCUGGCAGGGUCCAGUGCCUGUGUGGGGAAAGUCCUCGGUACCCAGUCUGUCUCCCAAUACCGACGCUUUGCAUUCUUCAGCGCGUCACAGAAGAGAUGCUUUCCUCUGUCGGCCCAGUGGCCAUGCGUGACCAAGCGUGCCAACACCUCGGCCACUUCAGCGCCAGAAACUGUAGCCGCCACACCAUACUCGGCAUUGACCGUGGGUGUGCCCCGGGAGAUCGCUCCCAAUGAGCGCCGAGUGGCCAUCACUCCGCAGAAUGUCACGAUGCUGCUGAAGAAGGGCUUCUCGCGCGUCCUGAUUGAACGUGGUGCCGGUGAGGGCGCCCAGCUGCUGGAUUCGGUCUACGAAGCGGCCGGUGCUACCAUGGUCGAUCGAGACACCGUCUACGCCGAGAGUGACAUUGUUCUCAAAGUUCGAGGUCCGCAGAUGGAUGGGCCCUUCAAUGAAGUGGAAGCGCUCCGAAAGGGCACCACCGUGAUCUCAUUCCUCUAUCCCGCUCAGAAUAAAUCCAUCGUCGAAGCCCUCGCCGCGCGAGGCGUCACCGCGUUUGCCAUGGACCGCAUCCCGCGAAUCUCCCGCGCACAGGUCUUUGACGCCCUCAGUUCCAUGGCCAACAUUGCCGGGUACAAGGCUGUCCUGGAAGCGUCCAACCACUUUGGCCGGUUCUUAACCGGUCAGGUCACGGCCGCAGGCAAGAUUCCCCCGAGUAAGGUUCUCGUCAUUGGAGCGGGUGUCGCUGGAUUGAGUGCCAUCGCAUCGGCCCGCCGCAUGGGUGCCAUCGUCCGAGGCUUCGAUACCCGCCCCGCCGUUCGAGAGCAGGUGCAGUCCCUCGGCGCCGAAUUCAUCGAGGUGGAUUUCCAGGAAGAUGGCGCCGGGCAAGGCGGCUAUGCCAAGGAGAUGUCCAAGGAAUUCUACGAGGCCGAAAUGAGAUUGUUCAUGGAACAGGCGCGCGAAGUUGAUAUCAUCAUCACCACGGCGCUCAUCCCGGGAAAGCCAGCGCCAAAGCUCAUCACCAAGGAGAUGGUGGCCGCGAUGAAGCCUGGCUCAGUGAUCGUGGAUCUGGCCGCCGAAGCCGGUGGAAACUGCGAGGCCACGGUCCCCGGAGAGCUGGCCAGCUACAAAGAUGUCACCGUUAUUGGCUACACUGAUCUGCCGUCUCGUCUGCCAACCCAGUCCUCGACCCUGUACUCGAACAACAUCGUCAAGCUCUUAUUGUCUAUGGCCCCCAAGGACAAAUCCUUCGGCGUCGAUUUCAACGACGAAGUGGUGCGCGGCGCUGUCGUCACGCGCAACGGUGAAAUCGUACCUCCAGUGGCACCGCCCGCACCACCUCCCACUCCCAAGCCAGAUGCUCAAGCUACAGCGGCGGCCGCACAGAAAGGGGGAGAAGCAGUGGCUCUGACGCCCUGGAAACAGGCCACUCGGGACGUUUCCCUGCUCACGGGUGCCAUGGGCACGACGCUUGCUCUCGGCAAAGCCACCGGCCCCAUUUUCAUGAGCAACAUGAUGACUUUUGGUCUGGCUGGUCUGGUGGGAUACCGCGCCGUCUGGGGGGUGGCCCCGGCUCUGCAUUCCCCUCUGAUGAGCGUGACCAACGCCAUCUCCGGUAUGGUCGGUAUUGGUGGUCUGUUCAUCAUGGGUGGAGGGUAUACUCCCACGACUCUGCCGGAAUAUCUCGGCGCGGCGUCUGUGCUGCUGGCAUUUGUCAAUGUAUCCGGUGGCUUUGUGGUCACGAAGCGCAUGUUGGACAUGUUUAAGCGACCCACCGACCCCCCCGAGUACCCAUGGUUGUAUGCGGUGCCUGGUCUGGUGUUUGGUGGCGGCUUCCUGGCGGCUGCAAGCACGGGGAUGUCGGGACUGGUUCAGGCCGGAUAUCUGGUCAGCACGAUCCUGUGUAUGAGCUCCAUCUCAAGCCUUGCGUCGCAGACGACGGCUCGACGUGGCAACAUCUUUGGUAUUCUCGGAGUGGUAUCCGGUAUCUUGGCUUCAUUGGCGGCAGCCGGUUUUGACACCGAGACCCUCACUCAAUUUGUGGUCGUGGCAGGUACCGGUGCACUAGCUGGAGGUCUGAUCGGUCGUCGCAUCACCCCGACGGGACUGCCGCAGACUGUGGCUGCCUUGCAUUCGGUCGUCGGACUUGCAGCCGUUUUGACCAGUAUCGGCAGUGUCAUGGUUGACAUUGCCGAUAUCACGACCCUUCACAUGGUCACCGCGUAUCUGGGUGUCCUGAUCGGUGGUGUCACAUUCACGGGGUCUUUGGUGGCGUUUAUGAAACUCGCCGGACGCAUGUCUUCGAGUCCCAAAAUCCUACCGGGUCGUCAUGUCAUCAACUCGACACUGCUGGGUAGCAACAUCGCCACGAUGGGAGCCUUUAUCACGAUGGCGCCGGCCAACCCAGGUAUUGCGGCGGCGUGCCUUGGCGCCAACACCGUCCUGAGCUUCUUGAAGGGUUAUACCACGACAGCCGCCAUCGGAGGUGCGGACAUGCCCGUGGUGAUCACCGUGCUGAAUGCCUACUCUGGCUUUGCCCUCGUGGCCGAAGGACUGAUGCUGAAUAACCCGCUUCUCACCAGUGUGGGCUCUCUGAUUGGUGUGAGCGGUUCGAUCUUGUCGUAUAUCAUGUGUGUUGCCAUGAACCGAUCUCUCACCAACGUUCUCUUUGGCGGUCUCUCUGCGCCCGCGCAGACGCAGAAGAAGAUCGAAGGCGAAGUCACGCCGACUACCAUUGACGACACGGUGGAGGCACUGUCUAAUGCCGAGAGUGUCAUCAUCAUUGUGGGUUACGGCAUGGCGGUCGCCAAGGCUCAAUACGCUCUUGCUGAAAUCGUGGCCAUGCUUCGCGCCCGGGUGUGA